CUUCGGUGAACUCCAGGCUGGCGUGACAACAUUGCUUACUGUGGUUUGCGUAGGAUAAAGUUACCGUGUACCGAAAGGUGGCGCUAUGGAGCCGGUCGUCUACAGCAGGCACGAGUUGCAAGGCAAAGUACUUACAGUGACCGGACCAGUCCCACCUGACAGUAUAGGGAAGACUUUGAUGCACGAGCAUAUCAUAGUGGACUAUGCCAAGAACUUCGGACCGCCCAUUGGUGACUCGUCACGUGCCAGGGUAGGAGGGCUGUCAUUGGACGAGCAGAGACAGCUAUGGGAGGAGCCACUGUCAAUCAAGAACGUAGGACACUGCAGGGGGUACUUUAACCAGAACAAAGACAAUAUGGUGUUGGACAACGAACAAAUGAUGGUGAAUGAAGUGGAAGUUUAUAAGAAAUUUGGAGGGGGAACAAUUGUUGAACAGUCUGUGUGUGGGAUGUACGGAGAUCCCACAGCUCUCGCGAGAAUCAGCGAGACUACAGGAGUGCGGAUUGUUCACGGUAGCGGCUACUACCUGUCACGUGUGCAUCCUCCAGACAUGGACGAGAAAACCGUCCCACAGCUGACACAACAGUUCACUCAGGAGAUUCUAGCAGGACACAAAUGCGGUGUGCAUGCCGGUAUCCUGGGUGAGCUGGGCUGUAGUACUGUCCUGGCACAGAACGAGGUCAAGGUUCUACAGGCCGCAGCUGUCACUCAACAGGAGACGGGCGUGGCCAUCUCCAUCCACCCAGGAUCUGUCCCGUGUGUGAUCAGCCACGUGGAUCGGGGGAUCCUCACGGUACCUGACAUGAUCUCCCUGGCCCGGCAGGGCUGCGUGCUGGAGUUUGACCAGUUUGGCUGGGGCUGUUCCUUCACACACGCUCUACAACACGGCAUCGACUAUCCCAGCGACUUCGUACGCUGUCAGAUGAUCCGAGAGCUACGGGAUGCUGGCUUCAUCAAACAGGUUGUGCUGUCCCAUGACAUUGCUUUCAAGUCUCGGCUGACCCAGUACGGAGGGGAGGGGUACAGCUACCUGCUGAAGAACAUCGUGCCGUACAUGCUGCAGAGAGGGCUGACCGAGCAGGACAUAGACACAAUGAUGGUUCAGAACCCCACACGUUUACUGACUAUUGUCUAAAACACAUCAUUUAUAACG